AUGGUCAUGUCAAUCGCCUCAUCUGUCUAUGGCAUUAGCCAUGUCAUCUACUCCAACCUAUUCGUCACCCUUCCAUACCCCGAAACCAAGCAAGACCUCUCCGACAGAGUCAUGAUAGUGUCCGGAUCCAAUACGGGACUGGGCUAUGAAUCAUGUCAGCACCUUCUUCGCCUCGGGUUGGGCAAGCUCAUCAUGGCCGUUCGCAAUCUCGAUGCAGGCGAAGAAGCUCGCCGCGAGUUAUUGAAGUUGACGAAGCGGGAGCCCGAGUCUAUCGAGGUUUGGUUCCUCGAUAUGGCAAAUUAUGAGUCGGUCAAGAAGUUUGCUACCAGAGCAAACGCUAUACCAAAACUGGACGUUGUACUUGCCAAUGCUGGCCUUGCCACUUCAGAUGAAUUCUCCAUGGCUGAAGAUAAUGAACGAACCAUCACUGUCAACGUCAUCUCAACAUUCCUUCUCUUCUUCCUUCUGCUCCCCAAGCUUCGCAAGUCCAACUACCCUGGAAAGUUCGUCAUUCCCAAUUCAGCAACUCACUACUGGGCUCCCUACAAGGAGAUCAUACCAGACGAAAAGGCCGAGCCUAUCCUUUCGCGGCUCAGCGACCCUGCCAAGUCCGAUAUGGCGAAUCGUUACUACCUCUCCAAACUCAUUGUUCUGUAUUUUACACGGGAGAUCGCCAGUCGACUCGAUGCUUCUGAGAAGAGCAGUGUGAUCAUCAAUACGCCCAACCCUAGCUACUGCAAAUCCGGGUUGAUGCGCGAAAAGGCAGAUCAAGUUCCUCCUGAUUUCCUGGCCCGAACUGCAGAGAUGGGAAGUCGGGCGCUUGUUAGUGGUGUUCUCGCUGGCCGUGAGAGUAACGGGAAGUACAUGACAAAUAGCCAGAUUCACGAUCCGGCUUGCCAUGUCACUAACAAGAUGGGCAUGAGAAUCCAGAGUGCUUUGUCCAAGGAGUUGCUUGAGAAGCUAGAGGCUAUCGCUCCUGGCGUCACAAGAAGCCUUUGA